AUAGCUCUCCGGCUCUCAGUUGUGUCUCGGCGAUCCUCCACCGCGCGUCACUGCAUCGCCCGGAAAACACACACACAGUUACAAUGUCCGCCGAUGCUCGUCCGCUCAUCUCCCGCCUCAGGCGCUGCGCACGGAGGGUGACAUGACCUCCAGCGGCAGGGGGCCGAGGGCGGCGCGGCCGCGCCUCUCCGCGCUGCCCAGGCCGGGCGCCAGGCUGCUGGGCUACGGCGCGCUGCUGGCGGCGUGCGCGCUCUGCUACCGCAACUCGCUGCGCGGGGAGUUCGUGCACGACGACGUGUGGGCCAUCGUGAACAACCCGGACGUGAGACCGGGCUCGAGCCUGCGGAGCAUCUUCACCGACGACUUCUGGGGGAAGAGAAUGGCCGACAACACGAGCCACAAGUCCUACCGUCCGCUCUGCAUCCUCACCUUCAAGUUGAAUAUUGUACUGGGUGGUAUGACUCCGUUUUAUUUUCACGUGGUGAACGUGUGUUUACACUGCGUUGUGACCGUCCUGCUCAUGCACACGUGUGAACGUUACGUGUUCAAGAACAGCCGCCUGGCGUUCCUCACCGCGCUCCUCUUCGCCGUCCACCCCAUCCACACCGAAGCGGUGUCCGGCAUCGUUGGGAGAGCAGAUGUGUUGGCCAGUAUGUUGUUUCUCCUGGCCUUUCUCUCCUAUAUUAGGAGUGUGUCAGGGUGCGACACGGCGGACUCGUUCCCCUCGACGGUGUCUCCAUGUUCUCUAGGGCUCUCCCUCUUCCUGGGCACCUGUGCCAUGCUGGUCAAAGAGACGGGCGUCACCGUUUUCGGAGUGUGCAUCCUCUACGACAGCCUGGUGCUCUGCUGCAAGCCCUUCCUCUCGCACCUGUCACGGUCCAAACUCAAGGAGCUGAUCCGAAUCGCUCGGCCUUUCAUCAAACGAGCCUGCGUGGUCUCUGUAUAUGUGCUGUUGAUCCUCUCUGCUCGCUUGUGGCUGAUGGGCGGCUCAAUGCCUCUCUUCUCAGAGCAGGACAAUCCUGCCUCCUUCUCACCCUUCCUCCUCACCAGGUUCCUCACUUACUGUUACCUUCUGGCCUUCAAUGCCUGGCUGCUACUGGCUCCCAUAGUGCUCUGCUAUGACUGGCAGGUGGGCAGCAUCCCUUUAGUGGAGUCUCUGUGGGAUGCGCGUAACAUCGCUGCCCUGGUGUUGGCACUGGGCAUGCUCGCUCUCUGCCUGCACUGUGUUACGUCACUACACAGGAUGGAGGGCAGGGAGUUGCUGGUGGGGAUACUGUUCCUGGUGUUUCCUUUCAUUCCGGCCACUAAUCUGUUCUUCCGUGUGGGGUUCGUGGUGGCUGAGAGGGUCCUCUACAUGCCCAGUAUGGGUUACUGUAUUCUGGUGGUCCAUGGAGUGAACAGGCUGUGUGCCUUGGUGGGCCGGUGGGGCGCGGCCGCCCUCACCGUCUCCAUGCUGCUGCUGCUCCUCCUCUUCUCCUGGAAGACUGUGCAGCAGAACGAGAUCUGGCUGUCCCGCGAGGCUCUGUUCAGGUCUGGCAUUCAAACGUUACCUCACAAUGCUAAAGUUCACUACAACUAUGCCAACUUCCUGAAGGACCGAGGACAAAACGAGCAGGCAAUUCACCACUACAAAACAGCCCUCAGACUUUAUCCGCGGCAUGCCAGUGCCAUGAAUAACCUGGGUACACUGACUCACAGCACAGAGGAGGCAGAACUCUACUACAGGAAAGCUCUCGACAUCAACCCCCAACACAACCGAGCGCUCUUCAACCUGGGCAACCUUCUCAAGUCCCAGGGGAAGGAGGAGGAGGCUGAGCGAAUGCUAAAGGAAUCAAUACGCUUUGGGCCGCAGUUUGCUGACGCCUACUCAAGUUUAGCCUCUCUCUAUGCUGACCAGAAGCGGUUAGCAGAAGCAAAUGAGAUUUACACAAAGGGCAUUGAAAACUGCCCAGACAGUUCAGACCUCCACAACAACUACGGCGUUUUUCUGGUGGACACGGGUGAUAGCGAUGGAGCUUCCGUUCAUUACCAGCAUGCCGUGCGUCUGAAGCCGUCUCACUAUGUUGCCAUGGUGAAUCUUGCCCGUCUGCUGCGCUCCUCGAACGGCAAUACGGAGGCUGAGCUGUGGUAUAAACGGGCACUGCAGGUGGUGCGUAAGGUGGAUAUCCUGACUCCACUGGGAGCACUGUAUUAUAACACCGGCCGGUAUGAAGAGGCUCUGCAGCUGUACCGAGAGGCCGCCUCGCUGCAGCCAGAGAACGCGGACAUCUGGCUGGCUCUGGCUCAGGUUUUGGCUAUGGCAGGCCGCUCUAAAGAAGCAGAGAAAAUGACUCUGGGAAUCAUUUCCAAAAGCAGCGGCUGCAUAGAGUGUUAUCGCCUGCUGUCUGCCAUCUACAGCAAACAAGGAAACCACACCAAGGCGUUGGAGGCUUUGGAUAAAGCUCUGCACCAGGAGCCAGCAGACCCUGCAGUGAAGGCGGAGCUUUUCUUCUCCAUAGGCAACCAGCUCCGAGAGAUGAAUGAGCUGGACCGAGCCUUUGAGAACUACAAGCUUGCUGUUGCCCUCAAGCCUGACCAAUCACAAGCUUGGAUGAACAUGGGGGGAAUCCGGCAUAUAAAGGGAGACUAUGCAGCAGCCAGAAUGUACUACCAAAGAGCUCUCCUCCUUUCUCCUGGCUCCAAACUACUGAAGGAGAACCUGGCCAAGUUGGACAGGCUGGAGAAGAAACUGCAGGGGACUUAAGGGGCCAGGCUGGCU